AUGGAACCCCCAGACUUUACAAUCCCCGACGACGGGCCCGUCAACGAAGCUCUUAGCCAGAUUGUCCCGAAAGCCAAGAAGACUCGCCGGAGCCGCUACGACCCAGAGCCCGACUGGUCAGUCAUAGUGCGUGACCAGGUCACGAAGUCUCAAAAUCGCGUCGGCCAGGCCUGUGAUCGUUGCAAGGUCAAGAAGAUGAAGUGUACGCCCGAUCAUGGAGGCUGCGGCUGCUGUCUUGUCCUCAACAUCCCAUGCAAAGUCACAGACCGUGUCACCGGUGAGACCUGGGUACGUGGUGAGGCUGGACGAAUGUGGAUUCUUAUUGAGAACCUCAAAAGGCAGAAUGAGGACCUGAAGGAGCAGGUCACGCAGCUUCAACAGAAGAAUGCACAGCUACAGCAGUGUCUGGAUGGUUCCUACACAACCAAUCUCAUGGGUCACUACGAGCCGGACCUUAACCCUGGACAUCAUCACCACAGUCUACUGUGA